AUUCAUUUCGCGCUCAAUACCAACAACCGACUCGAAUGAUACGAAGCGCCCCCAGCCUGACUCCGUGCAAACUAACGGAGUUUGUAUUAUUUGGUAUGUCAAUAACUAGAUUGCUCGUAAUCUACUGAAUCUGAGGCAGCAAGAGAAAAAAAAAUACACCAUUCAUUACCUGAAAAAAGUGUAAUAAUAGUUAAGUGUAUCGUGUGCUAACGCAGGUUUUUCGUGUGAUUAUUUCAUAGCUGAAGCCAUUGGCAGUAUGUCGUCGACUCAGCAAUUUUCCCUCAAGUGGACAAACUAUACAAAUCACAUUACAAAUGCGUUCGACUCGUUGCGGUCGAAAGAGGAUUUUUGUGAUGUUACACUGUGUGUAGAGGGCCGAAAAAUUCGUGCCCACAAAGUGCUGUUGUCCGCAUGCAGCACCUACUUCAAAGAGAUAUUCAAAGAAAAUCCGUGCCAGCAUCCGGUGAUUAUAUUCAAGAAUGUCAAAUAUGACGAUUUGUUAUCAAUCGUCGUGUACAUGUACCAAGGUGAGGUGAACAUCGAACAGGAUGCGUUGCCGACUUUUUUGCAUACCGCCGAAAUGCUAUCGAUUCAAGGUCUGACUGAAGACGAUAGUACACAGUCAGAUAAGAGUAUAACUAUUGCGGUUCCACCACCUCCGCCACCACAACAACAAACUGUCGUUGCUGCGGCAUUGGCCACUCACACCCCACAGAAUACCAUCACGAUUCAUGGACAAACCAUCAGUAAAACCGUUCGUGAUGCCACACAUCUGACCGGCCAGAAAUUCACACUAUCCAAACCAAUCUCAAUCAUUGGCACAAAUGCAGCGGCCGUCGAUCAAAUUGUCUACACAACCAUGGCACAGGCACCAACAACUAUCAUGCAAGCUGAUGUCAUUCCAGCCAAGAGGAAGCGAAAAAUUGUAACGCCCGCUGAGUCGAAGACGGUGACUUACAGUGAAAACAGCCCACAGAAACCAUCCGAGCAAACUGUAUCCCCCGUCGCCAAGCGAACUGAACAUGAAAACGAGGAGUUUUUGAAGCAAGAAAUGGAAGCAGACAUCUCAGCCGAAUACGACGAAGAGGACAAGCCAUAUCAGACAGAGGGCGAUGGUGAAAUCGCAACUUACGAAAGUGGAUCUCAAGACAAUGCAAACAAAACUGAUGACGAUUUUGACAAGCCAAAACUAGCGACUCCAGCUGAGCUGGGACGUUUAUUUUCAUCCGGAACACCCACUCCUGACGCCAAACGAUCUGGACAAGGAGCCGCAACGGACGGUCAACCGAGUAAAUGGUCUCAAUGCCAAUUCUGCAAACUUGUCAUAACUACGGUCAAUUUGUGGAGACACAUACGAACACAACAUACUGAACAGUCGCCGCGCCAAUGUGAACAUUGCCAAAAGAAAUUCAAAAAUAAAUACAGUCUGCGUGAACAUGUGCGCAUUGCUCAUGAGCAAAAGCCCGGCUCUGCCACAACCUAAACCACCGUUUCGUAAUGCGCCAUACACAUUUUGCGCGAAAUUCUUCUUUUCCCUCUCUAUCUCUCACAUAGCAUGGAGAUUUUGUUCAGAAGAAAAAAACAAAUCGAAAGACAUGAACUAUGAAGAUUUUUAUCGUGCAUGAUCACAUACACAUUUUCAUGGUGCCAUAACAAUUGAUCCGCUCCGCUGACAGAUCUAAAACAAAAUUUCAAGCACAAAAUAGACUUUAUUUUUUGCCAAAAGAAAUGGACCGAUAUCCACUUUCGAUACGAGUUGAUUUUUUUACGAGUGUGCACACAUUGUUUUAUGAUUCAGAAAAAAAAAAAAUUUUAAUUCCAUACAUAUUUUUAAUGAAUAGCUUCUAAUUUUGCGUCCAUUAUUAAAAAAUAAAAACAACAACAACAACCCACUCUAGUUUGCAAGCGUGCGAUUGAUAUUAGAUUCUUUUCAAUAUAAUUUAUGAGAAACAAACACAGAAUAACCAUUGGACAAGCAAAUUUAACACUUAUUUAUGUAACAAUAACGAAUUGAAGCGAUAGUUUUGGAAUAUCAAUGCAAACACAACUUCUGGUUUGCAACUCGAUUGCAAACCGUAAUAAGUUCCGUUUUUUUGUACGAGUUUAAGUGAAAUUUAAUUGAUUAUUUUUUCUAAAUGUAGCAUUCUGCCGUUGGGCAGCAAACAAACUAUUUCAAGUGUCAGAAAAAUGAAACAUACUACUUUUAAGCCCAACUGUACAAAUGAAAUGAAGAAUAAAAUUAUGUCUUUUUUGAAUGAAGAAUA